AUGGACGAGAAUGAGACCUUUCGCGUGGUGUUCAAGCGCGUGGCCGUCCGCAAGUCGCCCUCCGUCACCGCGGAGAUCGUCAACGCCGAGACGAAGGGCGCCACGGUGACGGGGAAAGUCUCGAGGGUCCAAGGGAAGUUGUGGCUCCAGCGGUCGGAUGGACCCGGGUGGAUGCUGAUGGAUGGGACCAGCCUUGGCUUAGGAAAGUUGUUGGAAAGGCUCCCAGCCACGAAGAUGGCUUGUGGCAACAUUGGUGAACGUCUCUGGCACUCGCCUCUACGCGAACUUCCACAGCCCCAAUGGGCGCCCAGACAUGGCUAUGUAGCGCUGUCGGGUGGCCUAUCUGCUACGGGCUGGCGGAAUAUCUGGGUCUUGGGUGGAAUCAUUCCGAACCUGGGCUAUUCCGACGACAUUUGGCGCAGCGUGGACGGGGGAACCUCGUGGGGCCUGGUGCCUGCGGGAAUUCACUGGAGCCCCCGAUCCGAGUUCGGAUGCUGCGGCGGGUCCACCGCACCGGAACCGAAACCCAAAGGUGUGAUCUACGUGGUGGGCGGCCAGGGUGCCCCCGGUCUGCUGGCCGACGUCUGGGCCUCCGACACAGCAGGCCGCUCCUGGGCUCGGAUCUGUCCCCGUGCACCCUUCGGGCCCAGGACGGGGGUAGCCUGCGCAACGGUGCCGGGGAAUCCCCUGGUGCUGGUGGUGGCGGGGGGCGUAUCGGAUGAUGUGCAUAGAGAUUUAUGGGUGAGUCAAGAUGGUGGUGUGACUUUCUCCAUGCUAUCUUUGACCAUGCCCUUGGGUGUUGGCCUCAUGAAGUGGCCUCCCCAUCUGCUGUGCGCCUCCCGCGCCAUCAAUGGACGCUUGGGGCUCUGGUGUCUACGCCUCAACCUGGGAGAUGCUGUGACGGCGGAACUGGAACCGCUGGAUGAAUUUUCGCAGAGCUUUGAUAGUGAAUGGAACCACGAAUUGCCCAAAGCUCCCAGGUUUGGCCUGGAUUUAGAAGCUAACGCGGCGAUCAGCUUUGAUAAAACUGCAAACUUGCAAGCGCAAAGCCUACCCGAUCUAAAAUCGGUCUCAAGUCCUUCUCCCUGGGAUUGCGAAAAUCUGCCACUGGAGAAGAUGUCGUGUCACGUUCCUCCAGAUUCUUGCUGGGUUGUUUGCGACAUGGAUGCGGCCCACACCCGUGGACAUGGGAAGAUCUAUGUGCUGACUGAGGAUCGAUGUUUUGCCUCUGACCGACAGCAGUAUCGAGCACAGGAUCAUUUCGUCAAGCUGCUGGGCUUUCGACUUCAGUUGACCCAUGGCCUUCCGAUGGAUCUCUGGUUGGGACGUGUGAGGCCCUGCCUCUUGCCACGGCCUCGGCGCUUUGCCGGUCUGGACCCGGAUCUGAAAUGUGACUACCUGGACCCCAAGAUGCCACUUCCGGAGGCCGAAGUGGAGGUCUGUCUGCAUAUCUCGGACAAUGGGGCUGCUUCUCCACCAGGUGAAUUGGCAACUGGCACCAGCUCAUCCUCGAAGAGGAAAGACCGUUCGGAGCCGACACGCACAGGCGAGCGAGCGCUGCGGAUAUCGGGUCUAGAUGACUCCAUCAAGAAUGCUCAGCGCAUCAUGGGAACCUACGACCAGCAGGGAGAACACAAUGGGCGCCCCAUCUUUGUGAAGGAUGACAAGGCGAAACCCAGCGUCUUGUUCUUCCACGCUGAGAAGGACAAAUGGCGGAUCGCCAAAUCCGUCAGCGAGCGAGGUGACUUUGCUCACGUCAAGGACCACGCGGAGUUGCCUUGGCAAAUCGGACGGGCUUGGAAGGUCUUCGACGGUGAAACCUAUCGGGAGGUUUCGAUGACCGUGGAAGUUCUUUCCACGUGCCCCGUCCUUCGCAUCGCUUCGCCUGGGAGGCCUCCGCCACCUCCGCCGGCUUUGGGGCUGCCGAAACUGCCGAAGCCGGACGUGGAUGAGAUCGGGCUGGAUCUGCUGGCGCGGCUACCGCAGGACGCCCCAGAGGGUCAUGCGGCCCAUCAUGCGGUGAACUGGGACGGGCAACGGCACCGUGCCUUUUUCUACUUCAACGGCAAUCGCUUUGAUGUCGCGAAAUCUCGUGCGCGAUCCCAAAGCAGCGCCAUGAUUAUCGGCCGCUCCUGCUACGUGAAGCUGCUGAGUGGCUGGAGUAUCGACCAGGCCUUGACCUUCCGGGAUAUGACCUUUCAACAGAUCAGAGAAAAUCCCGAAGCUGGUGAUACCGAUGACGAGGAGGACUCGAUCGAGAGCUUGGGAGCCCAGUUGGAAGACAGGAAGGAGGGCAGCCUGCGGCCUGUGCAUUUUGUGUGGCCCGCAACUCCCAGUAUGAGCAGCUGUGCCUAUGCCCAUGGCCUGUUGGAAGAGGAAGAGAAGCCUCUCAUGAACAAAUGCCUUGGCAAGUGGUACUUGUCGGUGUUAAUGUUCGCAACCAUGGUGCUGGCAGUGGUGUUUUGUUUGAUCGCGGCCAUUCAGACGCAGUCGAAACUGCCUUCCAGGGUGGACGAGCAGCACUUCACCUUCAUUCAGGAGCUUCAUAAUCUAAGCCUCGUUUGGCAGGUGCGACAGCCCACAAGGGAAGGUGCAGGAGUUGUCUCGGAGGUUCUUAUUGAAGAUGAUGGUGACUUCUCGGAGCUCAUGACUUCGGAAACCGUGCCCUUCGAGGAUAUCGAGACAGGGGUCUUGACAAUGGCAAAUUACGUCGCGCACUAUAACACCAUCGCAAUUGGUCCAUCGCAAAAAACAUUUUGGGCACCACUGCUGAAUGAAAACACGGUGCACCACAUAUUCCGAGAAAAGCACGAGGCCCUGCACAACAUCCAGCCCACAGAUCUCAACAUCGUCGAAGCAGUUUCAAUACUCUAUACCAUUGCAGCCUCAGGCACAGAGAUCGAAUCAAACAAGCAUGUGGCAUACUCCUUCAACUUGAUGACCUUUGUAGUAGUCACAACUAGUCCAGUUGAUGGUAGUCUGUCCAGCAGCAGCGAUACAGAAGAGGAAUCCUCCCGUGAGGCUAAGACUGCCCCAAAGGCGGAGCCUGCAGGCGCACUGGAUGGUGAACGAAAACAGUUGCUAUACGUGGCCAUGGGUUUUUGCAGAAGGGAACUCCUAAUCUUCGUGUUGGAAGUUCUCAACAUGAGAACAUCGGCGAGAGAAAAGGGAAAGGCGGCCGACCAACGACAUGUUUUCCUUGGAAGUACUGAUGUUUGUAGGGCCGUUUCCUACCGAGCAGAUCCCAACUUGGUAGCGGAGCCCAUGGAAGCUCUGCGGCGAUGCUGCCAAGUUGGGGUCUGUUUGGUCUGCAGAAGUUUGCUUGGUGCAGUGAUCAUUCUAGGUGGUAUGCUUGCAUUGCUGGAGUAUGCGUUUACUGACCUCGAUGCAUUGAGUGUGCCAACUGACGCGGACAACGUCCCGUUGCAAUGGUUGACUUCGAGCACCACCAGCCCGCAGAUCGAACAGACUCUGACUUGGAGCAAUGUGAAUGAGCCCAAUGUGCAAACAACAACAGGUUUUAGAAUGUCUUUGACGGUUGAUGUGACAGUGGAUUCAGACGGCAGUAUGGCUUUUUCAGUUGUGAAUGAAACUGAUUUUUCUGAAAGAUUUCACGAUGUCAGCCGGGUUCGAGACGAAACGACAGAUGAUUUUCACCGGACACGGAUGAGAGCAGUUGGUUUGGCAAACAGUGCAUUGCUUACGGCAGGCUUUGCAGUGAACUGGACGGGCCUUUCAUGGCUGUUGUUACAAUCCCUGGGAUUGAAUGCCGAGAUGUGGGAUAGACUGCUGGCCCCGACCGGGGGAUUGAUGCCGCAAAAUGAGAUGCAGGAAUAUGCCUUCGCCAGAAAGAAAUGGCGUCGUAUUUCCAGCAAGUUUCCCAGAAGGUACCGAAAGUUUGGUAAAGGUGGAAAAGGUGGUAAGCCAGCAUAUGCCUCUUUCCUACCACCACAGGCUUUUGCAGGGGGUAAGGGUGGUCCCAAUCCAAAGGGUGGUUUCCGAAAGAAGAACCCCAAGGAUAAAUCUGGUCAAGUGAUGCGUUGCAAUGUUUGCCAAUCAGAUGAACACCUGUGGCGCAAAUGCCCAAAGCGCCCACAGCAAGAUGGUUCAUAUGCCACUGGUAGUGGAUCCAAUCCUGCAACACAUGCACAUGCCACCAUGAAUGCACCUCAGCCACAACAACAGCUUGCUUUGAUGCCAACGAACCAAUCCUUAAUGUGGGGUAAUGCAACCAAUGCCUCGCUUCCAGGUGUGCACUUCUUUGGCGCCGAGAUGGAGCAGCUUCGCAGCAUUUCUGAUGCAGGCAGUGUGGUCUCGGCAUCCAGCCGAAAGAGAUCAUCCGAUCAUGCUGAAGCGUCCACACCAGAUCAGCCCAGUAAAGCUAUGCCGAAGUUUAGCCCUGGAUUUUUCCCAAAAGCAUCCGUUGCAGCAUCCGAGCAUUCGCCUGCAGCCGCAUCCGGCCAUGCAUCCGAUGUUGCAUCUGUCCAUGAAGCAUCCGGUAGUUUUGCAAGCCCUGAAGUUGAAAAGUUGAUUGAAGUUGCCAGUGAACCACAAUCACCACCACCAGCACGACCGCCGAAAAUGACUUCAAUUCGUCUUGGAGUUUCAGGUUCAACUGCAGCCGAUGAUGCCCACAUGCCAAAGACAUCUCAAGAUGUGCCGAUUGAUGAUCCGUCUCCUGUUUCAGGUUUUGCCGGACGACCUGUCCGAAUGAGCCGUGAGGAACAGCAAGAAGUCAGACAGCAGUCUGUUCAAGGUUUGCACCAAUUGAUGAUGGGUUUUGAACAAGUUGCAGGCAGACAUGAUGCAGUUCCGAAUGCCGCUGUUUCUGGAGUUCCCCGUCAGGUGCUGAGCCUUGAAUCUCAGUUGACUGGAGUAGCACAGCCAGGGAAUCAAAUGAUGAUGAUGCAAUAUCAGCCACUUGCGUUUGGUGUUCCUGGCAUGAACAUCGGUCCUGCACUUCCGAAGAUGGGAUUUACUCCACCGAAUGUUUUUGGCAGUUCAUGCAUGGGUUCCGGAAGAAGUGGAUCAGGCACCCAAGGGCAACAACAUGGCCCUCCAAGCGGCGGAUCGUAUCCCUGGUGGGAAACUGACACAAACAAAGAGGAUGAAAAGAUGAAGUCCACAACAGAAGGCACCUACCACCUCAGAACGCGCCUGCGUUCAGGUGCCGUUGGAUUGCUGGUUGAUCCUGGAGCGCAUGACAAUUUGAUCGGUGAGUUGACAGCUCAGCAGAUGUGCCAAGAGUUGAACACUGAGCUGGAGCACAGAACCCUUGACAAGCCUCUGCCAGUCGAGGGAGUUGGCAAGUCAGCCCAAGUUGCCAACAAGUCAGCCUGUGUUAGCAUGUCAGUUCGCAGUGCACUUGGCCAGGUCAAUGACGCCACCUACACGGCGCCGAUCAUACCUGACAGCAUGCUGCCUCCACUUUUGGGCAACAAAACACUGAGAAAGAUGCAGGUGAUUUUGGACUGUGGAUCAGGAAAGAUGAUCAUACCAGGCCCAGGUGGAAUCGAGGUGAAGAUGAGUCCAGGAAGCCAUGUCUAUGAGCUGGAGCUUUCCAACAGUGGCCACUGGAUUUUGCCUUUGCAUGCCCAAAGCCAAGAUGCCAUGCAGACCGAUCAGCAGGACUACGUCAACGUCUUCUCCAAGAGUACGGCCUUAAGACCAUGCAUUUUCACCAUGAUUUGCAUAGUAGAUCUCAAUGCCAGGCUCAGCAGUGAUGUGGCCAUCGAGCAAUACAACAAUGGAAGACACUUCUUUGUCGAGCAGCCUCAAGGCAGUGGUUUGUAUGAAGAGCAGCCCGUGAAAGAACAUCCACUCAUCCUAGAGAUGGCCGUGUUCCAGCCAGAUCUGACCUUCCGCAAGCCUGCGUUUGGUGUUCAAGCAGAGGCCCCAAGACCUCUUACAGAUGCUGCUGAUGCUGCAGUACGUGACGAUGCCAUUGUCCCAGUAGCACCUGAUGCUGACGAUGUUGCAGUUCCAGCCUGGUCCAAAUAUGAUCUUGGUUUUGCACUUCAACAACUGCGAUCUUUGAGAGAAGGUGUUGUUUCCGACCUUGCUGCAGAAUGGUUUGAAAGAAGAGGGAUCAAAGUUGUUUUCCGAGCGAAAGAGCAACACUGUGGUCUUGUGGAAAGACACAACCAGAUCCUUAGAGCCCAGCUGCACCUGUUGGAUGACCAGUCCAAUGUCGAAGGACUUGCUGUACCGUUUAGUGUCGUUUUGUCUGAGUCAGUCUUUGCCAAGAAUGCCCUUUUCCGAUGUGGUAAUGCCUCGCCUUACGAGGCGGUGUUUGGACGUGUUCCUCCAUUGCUUUCAGUUGUUGGUGAAGAGACUGUUGAAGCCUUGACAGACAGAGACGCAGCCCGCGUCAGACACUUGGCGCUUGGAAGCAUGAUCCAAGCAACUGCAGACCAGAAGGCAAGAACAGCAGAUAACACGAAGACCAGAAGAGCAGGACAACUUUUAGAACUUCAAACUGGCGAUCUUGUGGAUUUCUUCAGAAAGCCAAUAAGUAAGGAUUCCACUGGUUGGCAUGGUCCAGCGCAAAUAGUUGACUUGUCAAGCCUGCGAGAUGGUAUAGUCCAUAUCAAAUGGCAAGGCCGAGUUCUGUCAGCUAGAGUGCAAGAUAUCCGUUCUGCCCUUACUUUUGCAACUUUCUUGAUGCAGCCGUCCAAUCCCAUUCGUUUGUUCCGUGCGGAAGUUGAAGCUCAUCAAGGACAUUUGAUGCGUGUUGGAUGGGUUAAGCAAGGCAGAACAUGGAUUGAAUGCCAAGGUAACAAAGAAAACUUUGCACUUUUGUCUGCAGGACUUUAUGUGUCAGCCUGCUGCAUGCACCUGGAAGGAGUGGUAGGAUUCCGAUACGGAACAAAUGUGUCUCAACUCCCUGCCGUAGCUUUUGAUGACACUUUGCUUCUUUGGUGGAAUAGCCAGAACGGUGGUUUGACUGAAUGGUUCCAUUGUUUUACUCCUGGCAAUCGACUGCUCCAUGUGCAAACCAUCACUAAGAUGCCUGAAGCCUCAGUAGUCCAGUUUCUGAUGGUCGAUCAGUUUGAAGUGCAAUCUCUACGACAAGUGGUUCCCGAUGUGCCGCAUCUUGGAGGAACCCAUGAACCUGACUUCACCAACAUGCAUGACAAAACAGAAGAAGUGCUCAGGACUAGCGGUCAGAAAGCACUUGCAGAUGGUCAGCCUGAUCAUCAACCAAAGCCAUCACCUUCAGAAAAUGCCAAUGUUGAAACGGAUCACUUGGAUGAACGUGAAGUCCAGACUUCAAAUCCAGUGUUAGAAGGUCCAAGUACAGCUUGUGCACUUGCCGAUAAAUUUGAAGCUGGUAAACUUGCGUUGGAAGCAGACUUGGUGAUCGAUGCUGCGUCCGUGUUUGAUCAUACUGCAACAACUGAACCAAGAGCACCACAUGAUGCGACGAUGACGAUCCACUCCUUGAAACUGCGAGAGCCAGAACGGGAGUGCGCUGCUUUCGCUGCUUCCAAGAGCGAAAUUCGUGUCGUUGCAAGGAUCGCAAAGCCUAGUGAGCCUAGUGCCAAAAAGUCA